AUGCUACUCCAUGAUGAGACACUUAGAUCAUCCUCUAUUGGAGACAUUUCUAGAGAGGUGACAGCUGGACACCAACAUGUUUCACUUGCUGUUCGGAGAGAUGACGAUCACUCUCCACAAUGUUGCAUAACUUUUUCAUAUCCCGAUACAUAG